AUGACAGCGAACGAGGAAUCGUGGGACCUCGACACCGAUGAGAUCCGCUCAGUCGACUCGGAAGAGUUGUAUGAGACCAGGCCCAAUCGUUGGAGGGGCAAGAGGUCAACAUGGUAUACCUACACGCAGGAGGAACGGCUCCUGUAUCGCUCCAUGGGACAGCUGCAGAAUCGUGACUUAUCAGUGCAUCUUUACAACGCAUUUGCGUUGAAACAUCGCCCUAUGCGGCCGUCAGCAACGGCAGAACCCGACGCAGAGGACGCCGAAACACCGCUAGAAGAAAUUGUCGACAGCGGCGAGUGGCGCCCGCCGAAUCUUUGGACGGCAUGGCCGAUGAACCCGAGGACUGUACCGGGCGACGAUUUCUUGAAGGAGACCCAUGAUGAGGACGAUGACUUCACCGUUCGCUCCAGGAGAGAGCAACUGCCCAGCACCGUCUUGGAAGAAGAAAUCACCGCCACAAUUCUGCGACAGGCCAAGGAGCGAUUUCAACGCCGGCAACGGAAAUAUCAUGAGACGAAAGCUGCCAGAACUCACGAUGAAUCGGCGCACGAGACCACGGGGGCGUCGUCUUCUCCAUCUGCCCAUUCCGACGUCUCAUCCGACAACGAGGACGCGCCCUCGGAUGAAGAAAACACCAAAGCAGAGCCCGAAGAAGACACGGGGAAACCAAAGCGGGCCAAGACCUAUGAGCCAGUCGUAUCCGCCAACGACGACCUCUCAGCAAACCUCCUCCGCCCAUCCGUCCGCCACAUCCUCUCUACACUCGACAAUACCCUCACCGCGCUGCACAAUUCCAGACUCGCCGGACUGAGCUACAUGACCGACUCAUCCGCUUCCGCCACCGAUGGUGACGCCUCAGAUGCCUCAGACGGAGUCAGUGUAUCGUCGGCGGUGUCGCGCGCGUCGUCUGCUACUAGGCGUAAGAAGAAGGGUGCUCCACGCAGCAAAGCGCCGCGAACGCCCGAGCCAGAGAGAAAUGCUACGGAAAGACGAGGCAGGCCCAAGAAGGCGUUGCUUCCGCUGCCGGGGGAGACCGAGAAGGAGAUGAAGAUCCGCGUUGCGAGGGAGCAGAAGAAGCGCAUCCCGUUCUCGUCGGACGAGGAGGACAAUGACGGCGAAAGGGAGAAGCAGGAGGCGAAGGCGGAGACAUCGCGGUCUAGGUCGCCGCGCAAGAAGCGGGAUCUGCCCCCCGAGGCCCGGGUUGAAGCUAAGAUCAAAGCUAGGGAGACAAUGCUCGGGAACUGGGGGCUGAGGGACUGGAGCGAUGUCAUCGGCGCGGCCUCCCUUGCGGGUUUUAAGCCUGAAGUCGUAGCCAGAGCGGCGCAGCGGUGCGCGGAUCUGUUCGGUCAGGGGAUGGAGAUGCAGACGCUCCUCGAGGGGCCGGCUUCUAAGGGACCGAAGCCCCAGAGGACUCGCUAUCUCCCUGGUAACCGCCGCCACGCUCCUUCGGUUUCCAGUUCGGAUUCCGAGGUUGAAAGACCUGUAUUGCGGCGCCGUAUUAUGUCUAGACAGAGCAGCCUUGCGCGGGACAGCGUCCCGCCGAGUGACUCCGAUGCAGCUCGCGGAAGGGGCUCUCGCGCGCCGAGUCGGGGCCGCAGCACAUCACGUACAUCCUCCGUUGGUCUUUUCUUCUGUCCCGUAGCAGGGUGUCAGCGUGCUGCGGAAGGGUUUGGCAGAAGGGCAAACUUGCAGCGGCACGUGGCGAGGGUUCAUCCGGGACAGGCCGUAGAGGUGGGCGACGUGGAGAGUGAGGACGAGAUGUCCGGUGCGGUGCACGUCGACGGUUUCUUGAAGCCUAUCCGGGCUAGGAAGGGCUGGAGAGCCGAGGAUACGGGGACGAGAAAGCGGAAGAGGCAUUAUCGUGGACGGAGAGUGAAUGAGAGUGGCGCGAGUGAUAGGAGCGGUGUUGGGGAAGAGUCGGUCUGGGAUUCCAGCUGA